UUCUGGUAACAUCUAUGGGAUGUCUCGUUCUUGACUGCGGAAGUAGGAAGCCAAGGGGAAUUCCUGCUGCUAACAGUUAGCUAGACUUGCGGUGUUGUAAAUAUCCAUUCCAUAGCUAGUUUUCUGGCAAGAUCGUGAACAAGGUUGACAGCUAGCUAGUUAGUUGUAUUUUUACUGUAUUGUUUCGCUGUUACAGCUGCGUUUUCAUGAAUGACAUCGCAAAUAUAGCUAGAUCACAGGACUGGAUUUCAGAUACAACACCGUUAGUAACGUUAUUUUGCUAGCUAGCUAACGUUCUUAAGUUAACCACCGAGCCUGGGUACACGCGGAUACACAGGGUGAUGGUCCAGCCCCAGGCUCGUGUGGAGACAGGCCUGCAGCUGGAGAUGACGGGCGGUGGAGACGUGCUGGCCGCAGGGGGGCAGGGGUCCCUGGGGGCCAGCUCUCAGGGGUCCCUCAGGGUGCCUCCGGAGCUGGCCUCCAACGAGAUAGUGCACCGGCUCCUGGGGGACAAUCACCAGCUGAGAGAGGCCCUGCGGCGCAGUAACGUGGCCCUGCGGGAGCGCUGUGAGGAGAUGGAGGGCUGGCAGCGCAGGAUGCGGGAGGAGAGGGAGUUCCUCGGCUCGCGCUUCCGGGAGGCCCGCGACCUGGUGGAGAGGCUGUCUCUGGACAACAAAUCCCUGCAGACCCAGCUCAACCACCGAGGAGCCAACCCGCCCACGCAUGGACCGGACGCAGAGCUGGGGGGAACGGAGCCCCAGGGAGAGGAACCCCAGAACCAGCCAGGGGCAACCGCGGGAAAGACGGAGGCAGAAAGCAAAGAGGCGAGAGAAAGGGAGAGCCAAAACACUCCUCCACGGAGUUUGCCCAGUGAAGGAGGGAAUGAGUUUCUUCAGCUGCUGAAAAGCCAUAAAGAGAAGUUGGAAGAGGGGAUGAGGGAGCUGAGGAGGAAAAAUGAAGAGCUGGAGAAGGAGAGGGACGAGGCAGAGAGGGAGAAAGAGAGUCUGCGCUGCAAGAACGCACAGCUACAGGCCAAGCUGGAGGGCUGCAGUGUGACUGAGGAGACUGCUCAGCGCUCAGCAGCACACCCCAGUGGCUCUGACAGCUCCACUCUGGCACGCCUGACGGAGCAGCUACAAGCCACACAGUGCAGGUAUCGAGAGCUACAGGAGAAAUUAGAUUGCCUUCAGAAGACCACAGUUCAUCGAGACCGAACAGACGCGUUGCUAAAACAGAGAGAGAAGGAGUAUGCACAGCUGGUUAAGGACAGCGAAGCUCUGAAGGCCCAGGUCACCUCACUGCUGGGGGAACUGAACGAGAGACAGAGCUCCCUGGAAAAGAGUGAGAAGGAGAGGAAGCAGGUGGAUGAAAAGCUGACUGUGUGCUCAGAGGAUCUGCACUCCGCCCAGAGGCAGAUGGAUCAGCUGAAGAAGCAGCACAGCGUUGCUGUGGACAAGCUGCGUCUGCAGACCCAGAACCUGGAGGCGGCCCUGCGGACCGAGCGACUGGUCCUCACCGAGGAAAAGAGGAAGCUGGCCCAGCUGCAGCAUGCUUAUACUCAGCUCUUUAAGGACUACGACACCAAACGCAAGAACGGCGGGGAGGUGGAGGACUUGGGGAACAGGCUGGUGGAGGCUGAACGGGCCCUGGCCUUGAAGCAGGAGCUGAUAGACAAACUGAAGGAGGAGGUGGACCAGCAGAGGGGAUCCCUGGAGACGGUUCCAGUUCUCACUGCACAGGCGGAGAUCUACAAAGCGGACUUCCGUGCAGAGAGGGAAGCGCGGGAGAAACUGCACCAGCGUAAGGAGGAGCUGCAGGAGCAGCUGACCCAGGCCCUGGCUGAGCUGGACCGCGUCAAACUCCUGGACUCCACCAGGGCAAAGAUAGAGGUGCUGCAGCAGAGACAUGUUGUGGACGAAGGACAGUUCCGGACGCACCCCCGCCUCCCCCCUCCUUCAGCGUUCCUGGGGGCCACAGUGCCCUUCAGCCCAGCCCAGGCCUCAUCCUUCCCCAGACACAGCGGGCCUGAGGAGCAGCCUGAUUUCCGCUGCCCAAAGUGCCAGUACCAGGCCCCGGAUAUGGACACCCUGCAGAUCCACGUCAUGGACUGUAUCCAGUGAGGGGGGCGGGGGGUGGGGGUGGGGGGGGCAAAGUCCACUCUGAUCCUUCCCAAAUACAGUCCACUGCAGGAAGAGUGGGGGAAGGGAUGUGAGGGGUGACCUUGUGGAUUGUUAGUGGACAACUUAAUUCCCCACCAGUCCCGGGAGAUGGAAACCGUUUUAUAAUCAGUGCUAUCGUUGUCGCCACUAUAGAAUGUUUAUAAUUAUGUUCAUUUUAACAGAUCUCCUAUCAGUGUUGGGUUUAAUUCCAGUUGGACUGUGUAGUUCUUUGUAUUGAAUGCUGUGCUGUAAUUCAGGCAUGUGUCUGUGCUUAUUGUCCAUAACUUUCCUGUCUUCCACAAUUUAUGUCAACUUGUUUGUCCUUGAGGGACAAACGGCACUCUGUGUAGUCUAUUCAAAAAUGUUCUAAAAGGAGAAUGUACUUCCUUCCUAGUGUAAAUUGUGGUAAUGGAAAAAAGAGUUUAAACCAAUAAAUAUUGUCAUGCCAAA